AAUUCUGUUAUUUAUUUUAUAAAGCUGCAAAUCAGACUCAAUAACUGAUCAAUUAUUUGAAUAAACGUCCACUUCUAAUCAGUUGCAACCUUGCAAUCAAUGCACAGUCCCAACCUGCAUUACUGUUUCUGUAUGAUAUCAGGAAAUCUGGAGUAAACAUGCAGCUUAUUUCAUAGCAACUUUUUACGUCUGACCCAUUAUAUUCAGUGGCUGAAGUUAUAUAAGAAAGUGCUCAUUUUAAAAUGAAGCCAUGCCACUGGAUGUACACUGGCAUGUGACUUGUACAUGUGUUCCCAGCAAAAUGAAAGGAUGCAUUUAGAAAGGGCAAACCAUUUGCUUUACUCUUUGUUUUGUCCUUUUUCAGGUGCAUGGGUGUUCACAUCUAAAAGUGUUACAUUGAAAUUCGCUGCAGGACUGGCUUGCCUGACUCACCUUGUUUGUCUGGCAGCUUGCAACUUAUAGGAACCUGGGUAACUACAUCACAAGAGUGUGAAAGGGACAAAACCCUGCACUUCUUCGAGGAUGGCGCCUUGAAGAAGGGAGAACUGCGCCUAAAGUGAAUGCCAUGGCAGUUUUUUAGCGGGACGGCCUUCGAUCUCCGGCCUGGCUUCAUGGGAGCCAACCUGCCUGGAACAAAGGAUCCUAUCAACCUGGAUGUCAUCUCUCCUUCCAUCGACGUUUCCGGUACCAAAAACGAAGACAAGCACCAGGCAACCGAGGCAAUCACCUUUUCCGUCGUCAACCAGCUUCACCUCGGUCAUUCCGGAACAGCCACAUCGACGCCCACAUCAUCGCAUUGGUCCAGAAGGCUGGCCUUUUCACCGUGGAUCGUCAAAGGGCAUGGAAUCACGCACACGAUGCACAUUGUCAAAUGUUUUCAUCGAACCCUGCAGGCAUUGCGCUGAGGCUUGGGCCAUGUGGAACUGGAGGCAGCCAAGUCACCAAAGAAGAUAGGACUUUGGCUCAUUCAGAAACCAUGUGAACUACGGCACAAGAGGCCCAGGGCACCGGGACAGCUGGCUGAAUAAACAGCUAAGCCUUUCAAACAUUGAAGUGUGUGCUAUCCCAAGGAGAGUAGUUUGAAGGGGAUUAGAGUUUUAGACCUCAAGGCAAAUAAAUGUAUUUUUUCCUGCC